UCAUAAUGGAAGGGACGACACCAGAAACACUUCCCUUCAAUUAUUACUAAAUAUUCCCGGCUCAAACUAUUGAAUGGAGAGCAAAGAGGCCGCCCAGGGCAACUCCAACAACAUAUCUACUGAAGAUAUCCUCAAGUCGUUGGAAACAUUCGGCAAUCGGUCGAAAUCGCCAGAAGAAAAUCGAUCGAAAGCUUCAAACAGAGAUAGUGGAGUAUCAGAGAGCUGUUCAUCAUAUUUCUCCGAUCCUUUAUCAACUACAAGUGAUGCGCAAUCAGUGCUCAGUGAUAAUGAAAGACUGUCAUUUGCCAGUGACACAUUCUCGGUGGUUAGCGACCCUUUAGGUGUCUAUGCUUCAAGUGACGAAGGGGAUAAUGAUAUUCAUUACUUCAGCACAGAACCCUGGGAUGAAAGGCAAAGUUUAGAGAAAGAAUGGAAUCUUUUAUUUUCAUCAAAGAACUUUUUACAGGAGUUACGUGAUCAUGCGUUGAAUGGAAAAUUGAAACUGUCUAAAUACAGAAGUGUUGCGUGGAAGCUGUUCUUGGACUGUCUUCCAGAGGACCAGGGUGAAUGGAUAACAAAGACAAAACAAUUACGACAUGAGUAUAGCAUUCUUAAACAGAAGAGUUUAAUAGACCCAAGCAAGUCCAAUGAUGAUGACGAGAGUUUGCAUAUAUUACAUCCAUUAUCCUUAGAAGAAGAGAGUCCCUGGAAACAGUACUUCGAAGAUAAUGAACUGAAAGCUGUAAUCAAUCAAGACCUAGAUAGACUAUGUCCUGAAAUGGAUUUCUUCCACUCUCCUACUAUCAAAGAAAUGAUGUUGGAUCUUUUAUUCUGCUACGCCAAGAAAAAUGAAUCCUUAGGGUAUAAACAGGGAAUGCAUGAACUGCUGGCUCCUAUAAUAUAUGUACUUGACAAUGACUCCAAGACACACAAAUACAUGGAAGGUGAUAGCUUCAGAGAAAUCGCCAGAUGUUUGGUUGAUCCAGCUUUUAUUGAACAUGAUGCUUUCUCUAUGUUUAGCCAGCUAAUGGAAGUAACUGAGGCUUGGUACCAACAACACAAACCGAUAGAGACUUCUACUAACAACAAGUUUAUAGGUCAACAGGCUGAACCAUUUACAGAUCCUCUUGCUUCUCCUCCAACUGCUAUAGUUAAGAAAUUAAAUAAGAUCCAAGACCAUUUGCUUAGAAAGUACGAUCCGGAUUUAUGGAUCCAUAUGAAAGAACUGAACAUUGUUCCUCAGGUCUAUGGUCUUCGUUGGAUUCGUCUGCUGUUUAGUCGUGAGUUCCCCUUCGAAGAUGUUCUCGUCAUCUGGGACGCUCUGUUUGCUGAGGGAAGUCACCUCGACCUAGUGGACUAUAUCUAUAUUGUUAUGCUGCAGACAAUUCGAAAUCAAUUGAUGGCAGGAAACUACGUCACGUGCAUGGGACUCCUGAUGAAAUUCCCACGUGCUUACAGCGAAGUUUAUGUCUAUGUUAAAAAAGCUCUCAAUCUUCGUGGUUCCAAGAAAUCUCGUCCGUCUUCCAGAGGCUCUCCUCGAACUAUAUCACCUGUUCCAACUAUAAAGGAAUCCCAGAGAAAUAUUAGUGAACGAGGCAGCUUUGUUACCGGGAAACAGAACCAAAAGAGAACAUCUCAUCGUCGACCACAAACAACUUUUUCUGUCCUCACCAAACGAUACACGCCGUUCAUGGACUCAGGAAGACAUCGGUCCAUACCCAACAAGGGUGAUCAGAUAGAAAGUCAGCCAAAGACAACAGAAUUGGUUCCUAAAUCUCCGAGUACACCCUGGACUGAUAUUCUGCCUCCAACAACAAGAGAUCGAACAGACUCCGCGAGUUCUGUCGGAUUGAAUUCUGCUCGGAGUAUGAAAUCUCUAGGAAGUGACCUCAAGACCAAAUUAACUCGACCACGUUCUCGUUCACGCCACAGUGUAGAGGAACUUGAAAAGGAUCACCAAAGGCUUCAGGUUCAAGUAUCGCAGUUGAAUAAUGAUGUAGAAAGAAUGCAGGGCUUGUAUCUGUAUUGUGGAAGAAAAUUGGAUUCUUACAUAGGUCUUAUACAAGAAGAAAUCACGAAAGAGGAUGAAGCUGAUAGAGACGUCGUCUAUCUUUCCCUAGCAGGACUCAAACAGGUGCGUGAUCUGCUCAAAGGGACACUUUCUUACAGAGGCACCACUGCAGAGACUGAGAAGGAUUUUGUUGACAUCGAUAAUGGCAUAGCAACCAGACUUCAGAUAAGCUCGCCCAAUAUUCGGCCGGACCCAACAUCAGACCACGGUACUCCAGUACCAUCACUUGCUAACUUCAACCAUUACGAAAACACCAACGACAAAGAACCAGCUUUACUUACCUCGAAAUCUAUCGAUAGCAAUGGGGAUACGAAUUUUAUUGAUAGUCAGAAUGAACUGCAAAGUGAAAAUAUCAUGGAUAACAUUGCUUUAGAUUCUAGAGGCACUUGUCGUGGCAAGGUACAAUGCGAGGAAGAAACGCCCUCGAAACCUGAUGAUACUAGCAAUAUUAAUGUUUCUCGAAAUCAAAAUGAUAAUGGCGUUAAAGAAAUAUCUGUAUUGGAGGAGUCGGCCAAAGCAGGAUUACUACAGACCACGGAAGAUCACUAUGGUAACGAGACAGUUGCUGGAAGUCAAAAGGAUGUCAAAGGAAAUGUCCUGGAGAAAUCUAAGGUUCUUUCUCUAGAUUCUUAUAUAAAGGAGCACUUUGAUGGUGAUGCUCAGUGGAAAGACCCAAUAAAUAUUGCUGCCGUCCCUUGUGCAAUAGGACCUAAAGCAUCAGCUAGUGAAGAUACAAUUCAUGCUUUAAGGCCUUGUACUGAUGACCCUCUGUUUUUAGCCGAACAAAACAAUGGAAAUUUCAAUUUUAAGAAAGAAAAGCAACAUGCUGCCGUUCAACGUAAGCUAGAUGGUGAUGCGAGAGAGGGUAGUAUUGACUUAAUGAAAGGUAGCCGAAAAGCUAAUCUAAAGGUUGAAGAAGGUACUGCAAAUAAUAUGGCUAGUGACAAUUCAUUAUUAAGUACACCGGAUGAACCACUUGAUGGAUUUGUGUUCGUAAAUCAAGAUGGAACAGCGAGAAGUAACCAUGGAUCACCUGUACAUCCACUGGAAAACGACGAAGAUUCGGAUCGCUUUAUUUAGCCAAUUAAGAACCAGUUAAUAAGAUCAAUCAAAUCAGCAACAAUUAUGUUUGUUAUAUAUCAUAAUAAUUCCAAUUGUAAUUACAAAAAAAAAAUGUCAUUGUCGUUCAAUAUAUUUAACAAUUAUUCCCCGAUAAUCACCGAGCCUAAGGCAAAUA